AUGAUAGUGGACGUGGAGUAUGGUUGCCUGUCCCCGUUUCCAGUGCCGGGCCCGCAGGGGACCGUCAACCUUGGCACCUUCGUGUCAUCUUUCACAGUGCUGCCGUCAGCCACUCCCGUCCUCGGCCCGCCACACUGGGCCCCCUGGCAGCAGCACCCACCGAACGUCCUGGGCCCAGUGUUGCCCCCAGGAAGCACCCUGGUGCUGCCGACUCUUCCCAGCACGCCGUUGGUGGCAGCACAGGCCAGCUGUGGCCCAGGCUGGCCCGGGGCCUGCAACGUCACUGUGCACUUCCUGGCGGCCUCGGGAGUGAAGACCAUCCUGCCCGCCCCUCCUGCCUGGAGCACCCAGGCUAGCGAUGAAGGCUGGUCCCUGCACCGUCCACCUCGAGCUGCAGUGCCAGCUGCCCAGCUGGCCUCUGGCGGGCUCCCAGCAUUGGCCAGUCCUCGUCCACCUGGGGCCGCUAGGAACAGCGGCCCGGCCUGCUCGCAGCCCACCGCCUCGCCCGGGAACGCCUGCCACCGCAGCAGCGUGAACGAAAAGUUCCGGCGCUGGCAGCACUGCAAGCCCCUGGCCCGCAGGCACCUGCCCCAGAGUCCCGAUGCGGAGGCACUGUCCUGCUUCCUCAUCCCACUGCUUCGGACCCUGGCCCGCUGGAACCCCACCAUCACCCGGGAGGAGGUCCUGCAGCGGGGCGUGCAGAAGUGGCAUUGUCUAAGCAAGUCAGAGCGCAGCAUCUACUAUGUGAUGGCGGGAAGGUUCAUGGAGUUCGAGGCCGAGGAGGCGAGGCAAUGUCAGAACGCACAGUGGAUGAAGGCGGCGCAGGGCGUGCCUCAUCCAGCACCCCUCAGGCCUGUUCCUCGGGCGCCCUCAGCCCCAGAGCGGGGCCAGAAGCGAGCUGGCCAUGACCCCCCACGGGAAUGUCCCCGAGCUCCGUCCUCCCUGAGCACGCUCAGUGCUGGGGAGGUGCGGCCAGGCUACCCACACUCCUUCCCUGCACCCUCCUCAGCACGCAUCCGCGAGAAGGCCAGCGCCGGGGCCCAGUCCGCCAACGCCCAGCCACCGCGAUGCCGGCAGAGCCCGCACACCGAGGCGCCGACGGAGAUCCCCCUCGAGGCCGUGGCAGAGGGCCUGGAGAUCAUGGAGGGGCUGCUGGGGCCCAGCGGCCCAACUCAGGGGCUGCCCGGUGAAGAACGUGGGGAGGAUAGCUCCAAGCCGCCACAGGGAGAGGAGGGCGUCUAUCCAGACCCGGGUCUCCUGACCUACAUCAAUGAGCUUUGUGCCCAGGGAGACUUUCUCAACAAGGCGGACGCAGUUCUGCACCCACGCUUCCUGGCGGAGUUGCCCUGCCCGGAAGCCCAGCUGGAUCUCUUGGCCCUCGCUGAGGAGCUGGAGCAGGAGGAAGGACUGUCUUUGCUGGAGCAGAAGCGACUCCUGGAACUGAAGCAGGAGGAGGGUGUGCAGGCCCCCGCGAGUCACGGCACACCCCGACUGGACUCAAGGCCUUCUGGGUCUGAGGCCGGCCAGGAUCCCCAGAGGCACGGCCACGGCCCCCAGCUAGGGGCCAGCGACCAAGCCUGCCCACCAGAGUCUGGUUGCGGGCAGCGCCAGGCGCACAGCCGAGGAGACGCUGGCGUGUGGAGGCCCGAAGCCUUCGCUGCCUCUCCAGGACGCCAGGAGCCCCCUCCCCUGAAGGCUGGCUGGCGGCCCCAUGCCCCCCAGGCUCGGUGCCGCACUUCGCCCAGCCUGGGGCCCAGGCUCGCCACUGCUCCGGGAGAGACCUGUCCUGCUCGGGAGCCCCUGGGGCCCACGGGCAGGCCCAGUGAGGGCGAGGAGGAGCUCCCCAGCCUGGCCUUCCUCCUGGCAUCUCAGCACACACUGCCAUCCUGGGGACUGCCCCAGAGUCCUACUCCAGGCUCAGACCUCCUCCGCCCUGGAGUACCCCAGGCCCGCUCUCCCCAGAAGCCGGGCCUCAGCCCCGCUGGCCCUCCAGCUGGCAAGGCCAGCAGUCGGGCCCCGUGUGCAGGCCCAGCCCCUGCUGGGAAGACACCCCUGCCAGGGGCCAGCCUCGGGGUCGCUGGGGGACCAGCCUUGGCUCUGGGGCUGGGCUGCCCCUCACAGCCCCGGAAGAGAAGGGGGGACCCUUUCGGCACAGGGAAGGGUAGGAAGCGGCCCUGCAGCCAGUAG